AUGCAGGCUUCAGCACCGUGGACAGCUCGUGCAGUUGCAGAACCUGUUUGCCGGAUCUGCGGAGCACGAGCUGGCGCCGGCAGUGACGUCCAUCGAGGUGCCUCCUAUGUUUGGUCCAACUCCAUUGCGUCCGCACGGCUCGCAGUUGGAACUUGCCCACUUUGCCGCGGACGGGCGCCUUCGGUGCCGGCACGGCCGGUCACGCCAAGAGCACCGGUGAUGUUACGCAUGAGCAGUGCGAACACCCUUCAGCCGGUGAACGUGGUGAAUCAAGGAGCCUAUGGAUCCGUGAGAGCGCGCGCUUCCACGGGCAGCUUGAACACUUCAAGUGUGGCAAGUGUCUCAAACUGGGCAGUCGUACGGCCGGCAUCGGCCGUUCCCUGGCAAACGUGCGUGCCUGGCAUGAGUGCGCCUCAAGAACUGGCAGCGGCGCGGGGUCAUUGUCUGGGCAUGGAGAGCUCAGCAAAAUCCGAUUCGAGAUCUUCGCCACCGGUCAUCCAAGCAGCAGUGAUGGGCAAGAUAAGUCCUGCCACGGGUCCUGUGCAGGCAGGUCCUGUACAGGCAGGUGGCGGUGGAGCCAGCAGAUGCAAGGAGGCCGGCGCCCCUCAAAGCUCCUGGAGGUCAGAGGAGGAGGACUCCAAAACGCGAACCCAGUCUGCAGCUUCCACGGCAGAGUUGCCGAGCAGAGAGCUGAAGGGCUCUGCGAUGGAGAGUGCUGUCCUUUUGAGUGAGUUUGGCAAGACACUGGAGCAGGCGAGCCUGCUCUUACGCCAGGGCAAGGUGGACUCUGAUGCUCCCGCCAAUCCAGGGCAGGACAGCCCUGCUUCUCGCAGUGCUUCCACAGCUUCCGCCGCCGGGCCUCUUCCUCCGCCUCACAGCGCGGUGCCUCUCACCAGGCUGAUGGCUGCAGCUGUUCCUCAGCUUCCACCCGACUGGCCUACUCCAGUCUCUACACAUUCUCCACCCAGAGCUUCCGAAGCCCCAGCAAAAAGCUCUCUUCUUGCGCAGCAGUCGGCAAGAAGAAGCCCCAGCGACACUGCCAGGACUCUGGAUCCCCCGAAUGGGGAUUCAGGGCCUGCAGUUGAAACAAGCACAGCCACCCUGCUUGAUGGACAGGAGUCCACCACAGAUCCACCUGCAAUCAAAUUCCCAGAGCCCAGCUUGCCAGCAGCAGUUGGCAGCAUGUCCACACUAGUUGGCUCCACUGCUACCCCGCACAACCCAAUGCUUGCAUCAGCACCUACCCUGCCUUGCACCCCCAUGUCAGAUGCUACGCCCCCACUAGUGGCGGACCGCCACAGGGACCGCGCAGCACUUCAAACCAACUUCAACAAUUUCAAGGAAGUUAUGUGUCCUGAUGCGAGCUUUCGGAGCACUCCAUUUGGCUUACAGGGCUUGCAGGGCAAGAUGAUGAGCCUGCCCGGAGUGAGUUCAUCCAGAUCCCCGUCCAGGCCACGAUCGCCGCCCAAGCACGAGGAGCUCUACGAGGAUGCUGCGGCCCGUCGUGAACGACACCAGGACCGCCUGGGCGAGCAGAUGCGGCGUCAGCAGCAGAUCGAAGCGGAAGAGCAGAUGCGUUGGCAGCUGGAGCGCGAGCGCUGGCAGGCCAGCUACAAGGGCCCUCAGGACUUGCGAAGCCACUUAGAGAGGGAGCUGGAACUCCUGCAGAAGAGGCGCUCUCGGCAACAUGAGUUCCAAGUAGAGCAACUUGCUCGGGAAAAGCAGGAAAUGCAGGAAUGCACUUUCUGGCCAAACACGAGCAGGAGUAAGACCAGCUACGAAGCUGUUCGUGCCGGGUCACGGUCGCGGAACAGUGUCAGCAGCAUCAGCGGCGUGAAUGGGAGCAGCAGUUCAGUGUCUGUGCGGGCAGAGAGCCGUCGUGGCGUUGCCAGUCGGAGCAGCAGCCGUGGUCAAUCUCCUCGUGAUGAGCGUAUUGAGGAGCUGCUGGCCCUCCAUGAGAAGCAAGUCAUGGUGCUGAGUCGCCUGAGCCAGAUUUGUGCCGGCCAUGGUGGAGCCUCUCCCAGGUGCACCACAACCUCCAGUCUUUCAGGUCUGGAGGAAGUCAAGCUGUACAUCCAGCAGCUGAGACAGGUGCAUGAGCUGGAGCGCUUGGACAUGCAGGUGUUGGAGUUGCCCAAGAGACGCCAACAGACAUUGAUGGGAUUGGGGUACAAGUUCGGCCUGGCAAAGGACUUGCGAGCCAAGCUUCCCAGCCCUCACAUUGCAGGUGCGGUGACUUCCGAAGUGGCCGGACUGACCUCUGCAACAGGCGCUGCGAAGACUGACAUGGAGCCUCCCAGGCGGAGUCCAGAUAGCGAGAACAAGCUGGAAGAUGAACUGCUGAGUGCAAGCUCACCAACAUAA